AUGCAUGAGAUUAAAUUUGGGGUUGAUCGAAUGCAACCAUAAAACCAAAGAGCAAUCAACCAUCUAUUUGAUCGAUGCACUAUUGCAGUAAACUUAAAUCUUUUUUCUAUAAACUAAUCAAUUGGGCCCUAUCUAGUAAUUGAUAUCAUAAUAAAUAGGGCAGGAAUGACCAAUUACAACAACGAGGACGUCGUGACUUACUAUAAGAUGGUCAAUUUCAUCAACAACAGUAGAAUUGACAUGUAUAGUAUAAAUGUUACAUCCAAAGAACUUACCACCUUCACCAUAAUAGACAAAUUAAUUUUCAAGUUGUAAUCGUUGAACAUAUACAAUUUCUUGAUUUACAAUUCAGCCAUCUACGUUUUAUCAAAAGAACUGGGAGUCUGUUAUAUUAGGAAUCAACCAUACAAUUAUUGUUGGAAGUUUAAUGACGUCUUCAAUGUCUUCAGUGUCUACAUCCAAUAAAAUGGAUUUCACAAUAUACUUUUGGGAUCUACUACAACUUCUGAUAUCUUUAAAGCGUAUUUGUUGGAUGACGAUACCUACAAAAUCAAUCAGAUUUACAAGUUAUCAAAAAAUAUGACCUUUUCAUAAAUAUUCCACAACGAUAAAUACAGUUUCAUUAUUGGACACAAAAAUAACAACACUAGGAGGUAUUUCAUUGAAAUUUACAGUCAAAUGGACGACUUCACAUCCAAUUUGUAUAAGACUAUUGAAAUCGCUUCCUCCAAAGAGUUAUUCUAUUUUGAUAGUCUAAACAAUAAUGCCUAUGCAAUUAACAAUAAGUCCAUCUUCAUUAUCACCCCAUAAGUCUCAUAUCUCACUAUUGAUGAUGGUCAAUGCUUUGAUGAAACCAUUGAAAUCAAAGCAUAGGUUCCUUCUAUGGAGUUGGAUACCAUCUGCAAUUUCAUAUUCCAUGUUAUCAAACUGGAGGAAGGCAGCCAAGAUAUUUAUGACAAAUCAGAAUUGGAACACUCACUAAUAGUCCUAAAUCAGAGUAUUAAUAAUUUUUAUUUGAAUAAUUUUGUGAUCGGUCCCAACGUCAACUAUUAUUUAUACAAUACAUCAUUAGAGAAUUCAAAUGAAAAUGAUUUUGAGAAAAUCAAAUUCAAAGAGCAAUUUACAAUUUCAUAUGCCCAAACAAUGGAAAUCACUUCUAUUAUCUACAAUCGUGCAUUUAAGUCUGUGAUUGGAGAUCAAUACAUUCAAAUAAUCUAAUGGAGAGACUUAACUCUCCAAAUAUUUAAUUGCGUUAUCCCUGGAAGUGAGAAGGACAUCAAUUGCGUUUAUAAAUAAAACUUCAAACUGUUAGAUUCAGUCUUGUAAAUUGUCAGCGGAUUGUAGUGUUCAACUGAAUGCUUCGUUAUCAGACAGCAAAAAAGAGCAGAUCUUUACAUUGAGUAUAAUAAUAAGUUUAUAUUUACCAAUUGUUUCAUUGAAUCACAAUACAAUAUCCAGACAAUUAAAUUGCAUUUAGAAAAGUAUUUAGUAGAAUUAGAAAACAAUAAGAUUCAAAUAUUCUUGCCAACUUAUAGAUAAACAAUGACUUGCAAUUUCGAAAAGGUUUUCGAGAUUGAUUCUCUUUAAUUAGAGGAACUUAUAAAUACAACAAGGACAAUCAAUAUAUUUAAUGUUAAAACUAAUAUCAACAUUUACAACAUCUACAUUUCAACUAAUUUAGGUCUAAUCAUCAUAGAUCCAGGCUUGUUGAGGUUCCAACAAGUUCAGUUAAUUGCAUUCGUUUAAUUUAAUUAAUAAUUUGACACAGUACUAUAAGUGAUUAGAGAUCGUAUCAUCACAUUAUAGUAUAAAUAGAUAACGAUUAUCAAUCUAGUCUAAUAAAAUUUCUAUUACACUGAAAAAACAUUGCCUAAUUUCAAUUUUACGAUCACAAAUAUAACAAAUUCAUAAGUGGCUUUUUCUCAAAAUUAUUUGUAUUUGCAAGCAAAAGAUGCUAAUUACACUGAUGUUAUAAUAGUUUACAAAGUGGAUGAACCUGAAAUUUCAUCUUUUCAUACAUACUUUAUUAAAAAUAAUAAUUUAGAUUUUAGCUUAAUAUAAAAAUAAGAUGACGAAGUAUUUUUAAUACAGUUGUUCGAGGCCCAAAAAUUAUACAGUUAAGUUAAUUUAUAGUUCAAAUCAUCUUAGUCAAAAAUAAUUAAGGUUGUGUUUUAAGGGUUUAAAAGUUAUGCAAAAUUAAUGGAUAUAAAUGUCAAUGUGAAAACUGCAGAGAAGCAAUAUAAUCUUUCACUACUAAUCAAUGAAACAUAAAGCAUAAUUUAUGAUGAUUCGAUUUCAGACUUCAUCAAAUUAGAUGGAUAUAAUGACUUCAUUGAUGGAAGUGUAAGUGAAUGGUCAAUCAAGUGUUUUUCUUGCUAAAAAGAAUUAGAACUCAUCAAUAACAUCAACUAUAACCAAUAUUUAACAUAAAUCCCAAAUGCGACUUAAAUUAAACAUACUGUUGAUUACGUGCUUAUCUAAUAGGAGUAGAGCAUAAUUGCAAUUGAUAAUUUUGGAAUGGUCAAAUUUUACAUUCCAUUACCUGUGUCUGAAUACUCAACAAAGUGUACUUCCAUAACUGCCAAUACUUGGGAAAACAAAACCAAGUUAGUCGUAUCUGUGUGUAAUACAAAAUCAUAAGCUUAAUUUUAUAUUACAUCAUUUCUAAGUUCGUUACCUGUCCCUAUGGGUCCUUUCUAUUCCCCUUUAGUAAUUAACCAAAUCACUCAUAUAAGAAUGUUAAAUGAAAUAUUGUUUAUUUUAGAUGUAGUGACAGAAUACGUCUACUUGUUUAAUCUAACAAUUGAUGAAAAUUAGGCGGAUUCUUUGAGAGUGAUGAACAGAUUAAAUGCUAGAGAAUUCACUGCUGACAAAGGCCAAGUUUUUAUAAACUUACCUACUAUUUUUGCUCACAAAUUCAUCAUGUAAAGCAUACAAAUUACAAUAGAAUUUAUCAUUUAUACCUAUCCUCAAGAUUUUGCUUAUACUCUAGAUUUGAUAUUCUUCUUAUCUGAAUAAGGAUUUACAGACUUACCAUCCAACAUAGUACCGUAAUCUUUGAUAGUAGCGGAGACAGCACAGAAGGAUGAAUUACAAUAUUACAGAAUCAUAGUGGCUAAUCAAAAUUUUCAUCAUUACGAAUUAGAGAUUUCAAUUGGAUAUCCAGACAAUUCAAUUAAAUUCAAAUUCGUAAGGGCUUACAUGUAAUAUGGAUAUUUCUACGCUAACGGAAAGAUUCGAGUCUCAGAAGAGACUCAGGGAUUCUUCGGUUUGAUUUACCAAAAUCCUUUAGAUGAAAAAUAGAAGCUAUUGAUUGUGUAUGAUAGGUUUAGUAAAAGCUAAGAAAAACUUCGUAAGAUUCUUGGAGGAUAUAAGAUAUGUUCAAAUAAUUAAAUACUGUUUGAUUUUUUGCAUUUUAAGAAGAGGAACGAUGAGUUUUCAUAUGGUAUCAUCUUGUAAGAUGGGCCUGUCUUGAGUUCUUUGACUUUAUCGAGAUAUUUGGCUAUUAAAGUAAAUUUCAAGGAAUUUCAAACUCAAAACAUUACCUUCAAUGCUUCGAAUGACUUUGGAAAAUGGGUUAGUUUUAAAGCAGAUAUUUAUAAUAGAGCAGGAUAAGCAAAUUUACUUUUGAUAAUGUUGUCUUUGGCGAUUGUUGUAUUUAUAGUGAUAUUCUCAUCUUGGUUAUAUGUAAUGAACAAACUGAAAAAACUCUAAGUUAAAGAGUUGGAUGCGAUAAUGGAAGAGGAGGAAAUAGUUAAAGAAAGUCAAUGA